AAAGCCGCAAAAAUUUGGAAGCGCGCAGUGGAGCUCGGAGACGUGGUGGCGAUGACAAACCUUGGGACAUUGUACCAGAAGGGGUUGGGCGUCAAGCUGGACAAGAAGAAGGCGGCGCGGCUGUUUCGCAUGGGCGCAGAUCGGGGCGACGCGAUCGCGCAAAACAAUUUAGGGGCUUCUCUUCAUUCUGAGAAGAAAUUUGAAGAGGCGGUCCGGUACUUUGUGCUCGCGGCGAAUCAAGGCUAUACCUCUGGAGAGGGUUGCCUUGGCGUUUGUUACAGGGACGGACAAGGCACGGAAGUCGACCUCGGCAAAGCCAGAUACUGGUUCGAGCGCGCCGCUGCCAAGGGCGACGAGGAUGCUAUAGCACACCUUGCGGAAUUGUACGAGGAUGGAAGUGGUGUUAAGUUGGACAAAAAGAAGGCGGAGCAGCUGUAUCGUGCGGCCGCGGACCGGGGCGACGCGGUCGCGCAAAACAAUCUAGGGCUUUUUCUUGAUUCUGAGGAGAAAUUUGAAGAAGCGUUCCGGUACUUUGUGCUCGCGGCGAAUCAAGGCUAUACCUCUGGAGAGACCAACCUUGGCUGCUGUUGCAGGGACGGAGACGGCACGGAACAGAGAUUUGAAGAAGCGGCCCGAUACUACGCACUCGCGGCGAAUCAAGGCUGUACCGAUGGAGAGUAUAACCUUGGCUGGUGUUACCAGCACGGAGAAGGCACGGAAGUCGACCUCGGCAAAGCCAGAUACUGGUACGAGCGCGCCGCUGCCAAGGGCAACGAGAAAGCUAUACACAACCUCAAGUACCUCGACGCGCGAGUGUAG